AUACCUUCGUGAUACGUCGGCACGCUGUGCCGGGAAUUCAAUAGUGAUUUAAGUGAUAGUGUUCAAACAUGAUGAGGUUGACGGUUGGUGUGACACUGCUUCUGCUAGUAGCGUCCGGUCAGGCAGAAUUCAGCAAGGAGACUUCUUUGAAAACAGAAAAAAGAGAAUUGGCGAAGGAGAACACUGACUUGAAAAAGCGGGCACCAGAGCUGUCUGCAGCAAGCUCUUCGGUGAACACAGGGGUCGUGUAUGCUGAUACAAAGCAGUCACUGCCAGACAAGUCACCGUCACAGCUAAUAUACGCCACGCCAGUGCCUCAGGUGGCAAAGAUAUCAGACCUGCUGGCGAGCCAGAGUCCAUCCUUCCAAGCUGCCAUCGCCAACCAACUUUAUGCUCCAAUUUCAGCAUACCAGCCUCGAUCUGGAUCACCAACCACGUACGAAGUGUCGGCGCCGGUACCAUCGCAACUAGCCUACAGCGAGCACAGACUGGCUUACCAGCAGCCGAAUUCCUUACAGUUCGCACCGCAAGUCUACAACCAAAAAGCAUCCACACAGCUGGAUUAUUCGCAACAGCAGAUAUUGGAGCAGCCUCAACAAAUUUACAACCAAGAACAAAUACAACAGAUAUACGAACAAGCUCCUCAAGCAAACUAUCAGACCCAGCCUAUUACUUACAACCAAGUACAACCUGUGCAAUAUUCAGCACAGCAACUGAAACAACUGGAAAACCAACAAACCUUCCAGGCAGCGCACUAUCAAAAAGCGCCAAACACAAUCUACUCAGAUAAUCAACAAAGCCUUCUUUCAAAUCAGUAUAACCAGGCACCUCAAGCAUAUUACACAGAGGGACAACAGCAGUACCAGCAGCAAGCAUACGUACAGGAUCAACCAGUCCAAAAUAUUGAAGAAACCCAACAAAAGGUAUACAAUCAGCCAGAACAGAACCGAGUAUUCGAGAAGCCACAGUUUGUAGCACAGAACUAUCAAUCACAGCCUCAAUCCCCAGUAAGCUUCGCGAGUUUCUCCCACAACCAGGUCAACCCAUCCAUCAUACAUCAUCCCUUCCAUCAACAGAGUGUACAGCAGAUCCAACAAUACGCUCCUACGCGAGAGGCGGCGAACAUCGUCUCACAAGGAAACGCCGGUCAAGCAAGACAACUGUCUUACUUCAGACAAGGUCCUCAACAUCAAGUUCAACCUCAGGUGCUCCAACCUCAAGUUCAGGCUCCGGUGUACCAACAACUCCAGCCCCAAGUCCAGUACUCACCUAAGGUUAACGCUGGUUAUAAAGGUGAACAUGCGGCGGUGGCGCCAUCUUACCAAGCGGUGCAAUAUUUCGGAAAAUAUGCACAAUCUAUAUUCGGAAAACCGCAGCAUUGAUGUGCUAAAGCCGAUUUUUAAAUUAAGUAAUAUUGUAGAUUAAGAAAAGAGCCUAUUAUUUUUUAAAAGGCCGCAAAUGGCACUUACAAUCAGUUGUGCCGUAUGAUCGUUUGCCUUCUCCUUUUAAAAAAAUAUUGUAGUCAACAUUAUGCUACUAGUAGUAAAGAGGCCUAAUGGUACUUGAAAUAUUUUUAUUAGAAUCAGGCGGUAAUCUGAUGAAUCUGAUGAAAUCUGAUGCUAAAAUUAGCUAAGAUUCGCGUUAAAAAUAAAAAUGAUGCGUCUUAUUAUUCAAUCCUUUUUUAUUUAUCACGAUUCUAACAAAUCAAACGAAAACGAUACGACGACUCUUAGCGUAUUAUUAGUUUUAACAUCUUUUAAACUUGAAAUAUUCUAAAUAAUAUCUGAGACAUAAUUGUACUUAAGCUUUAUAUUAUAUUAUAGAUUUUAUUUAAAAACACAAAGUACUUAAAGCCGCGUAUCGAUUACGCGCUCAUGGCGCGCGCGCCAUGAAUACCGCGCGCGGACCGCGUUCAAAAUGUUCGAAGUGUAUCAACUAAGCACGCAUAGCGCGCGCAGCAGCUGUUCCAAUGUUUGACCGUUCAACAUGGACGUCGGCGGUGUACGAGCAGCAGCGGCUGUUACCGCUUACGACUGCAAAUUAUUUUUUUCAAUUUGCUGUGUAAACAUACUGGCCUAAAAGAAACUGCACGCUAAGGAAAAAACGUAAAAAAAGGAAAAAGAAGAGUAUCGCUCUCGGUUAGGUGCACACACACACAUAAUUUAGUUUUAUAUAAUAUAAAUUCAAUAUUAAAAUACAAAAUUUUGUAAAACAACGUUGUAUUUUUUGGAUGUUAUAAUAUUAUCAAUCGAGUUCAAGUUCUAUUGAAGUUCUAACAGGUUUAUUUUUACACUUAUUGUUUUUGGGCUAAGAGUAAUGUUAUUUUGAUCGCCUGAAUGUAGAUUUCUUUAUUUCACGAACACUCUCUAUGUAGGAAAUUUUUUUUAGAACACCACCCUAAAAUCAGUUUUUAUUUUAACUUUUUAAAAGGUCAUGGUAAAAUGUUUUUCGCCAAGAAAAAGCCUUCGCCACUACGAAAUGAAUUAAUACACCUAUCAUUUCAUUUCAUCAUCUCUAAUAUAUUCGGCCUACUCAUAAGGCAGAUACUCAUGUAUCUAAAAUGAAAAUCAAUCUCGUUGGUGAAAUGGUAGUCCUCUCAAUUAACUCUAACUUUGGGAUGGGAGCAAUUUCUGACGUCCCUCGAACUGAGUUACUAAGAUUUCAUGUCGCAAUUUCAAUUCAUUACUCCGCUCGCAGCCAGUACAAUAUAAUUACAAACACUAUGUAUGUCAGUUGUAAAUCAUGUCAAAUUAGAAGCUAUAUAUGUACAUGUAUAUUGUCCAACUGUGAUGCCAUAAUUUAAUUAUGAAAAAGGUUUAUUGUAUAUUAAUAAAUUAAUUC